GUUGACCAUAUUGGGCUUCAGGCUGUUGUUGAGUUUGCCUACACUGGGCUUGUGUCAUCUUUGAACAAUGAUAAUAUGGCCCGAAUCAAAGCUGCAGCUCAAGUCCUUGCAAUCCCAAGACUUGUGGACAUCUGCAAAAACAAGGAAAGAAAGGAGAACAGUGAAUGUUUCAAGAAAGAAGCACAAACCAUCUCUGCUCUAGAACAAAUAAAAAUUACUCUUCAGUCCAUUGAACAGUUGUGGGCAGAUAGAGUGGGGUGUGAUGUCAUUUUGGACGUGGAUGGAACUUUUUUCCAUGUCCACAGAAUUGUUUUGGCAGUAAGCAGUGAUUACUUCCGUGGCAUGUUCACAUGUGGAAUGAGGGAAUCCCAUCAGAGUUGCGUUGCCCUUCCUUUCCUGUCUACAUCUGAAUUAGAGACUCUUAUUGGCUACUCAUACAGUGGGAUCCUUCUACUUAGCUGGGACUCUGUUUUUGAGAUUACCUGCAUGGCGCUUCAGCUUCAAUUCCAAUCUGCUCUAUCAAUUUGCCUCAACUUUAUGAAAAAAGAGAUACAGGCAAGCUCCUGCCUGGAUGUGGCAUCUUUUGCUGAAGCAUAUGAAAUAUCAGAACUUCUUGAGGAGGCCAAUGACUUUGUGUUGAGGAACUUUAUGGAAGUAUCAGGCACAACAAAGUUUCAGGACCUACAAGCAGAAAAGCUUUUAAGCUUCCUUCUCUGCGAUGGCCUUUGUGUACCUUCAGAGUUGGCUGUAUUUCGAGCCGUAAUCUCAUGGAUUGAGGCUGAUCCCGAAGAAAGAUUGGCCCAUGCAGGCUUACUCAUGACUGGAGUUCGCUUCCCCCUCAUGACCUUUCGAGAGUUCAGAGAGGUUAGAGCCAUUAAUCUACGCAUG